AUGGUUAAUUUGAAAAUUUUUAUACUGGGAUUAUUUGCUCAGUUGAUAUUAUUACUUUCUAUUUUUGAUAUUUAUUUCAAAUCGCCAAUCAUUAGUGGUAUACCAGACCAGCAUGUCGAUUAUGAACCACCGGCCGAUCGUCUAGUACUAUUUGUCGGAGAUGGAUUACGUGCAGAUACGUUUUACAACUAUGCCAAUGGAAAUAGCCUAUAUUUCAAGCAUUUGUUGAAAACCAGUGCUACAUAUGGUAUAUGCCGUACUCGAGUGCCAACUGAGUCACGUCCUGGUCAUAUAGCUCUUAUAGCUGGAUUUUAUGAAGAUCCAUCAGCUAUUUUUAAAGGAUGGAAAGAUAAUGUUGUUGAAUUUGAUUCAGUAUUUAAUAAAAGUGAUACAACCAUUUCUUGGGGUAGUCCAGAUAUUGUUUCAAUGUUCAAAAAAGGAGCGAUUGCGGGAAAUGUACACGCCUAUGCCUAUGAUUCUGAUCUACAAGAUUUUAGCGGCAAGAAUGGUUCUAGUGUAUUUUUGUCGGGAUGGGUAAUUAACAAAGUUAAGUUGUUCUUUGAUGAGUCAAAAAAUGAUGAAAUGAUUCAAAAGAAGCUGAUGAAAAAAAAAUUAGUAUUAUUUUUACAUCUUUUGGGUACAGAUGUUUCUGGACAUAUUGACAAACCACAUUCAAAAGAAUAUUUAGAAAACUUAAUUUAUAUUGAAAAAGGUAUUAAAGAAAUAGAACAGUUAAUAGAAUCUUACUAUAAAGAUAACCGUACAGCAUAUGUUUUUACAUCUGACCACGGUAUGACGGAUUGGGGUUCUCAUGGUGAUGGUUCAGUUAGCGAAACUGAAGUACCUAUAGUUACCUGGGGUGCUGGACUAUCAUAUGCCCAAAAACAUUCAAACUCCUUGCCAGUGAAUGUUAAUCAAGCUGAUGUUGCACCACUUAUGGCUACUUUAAUUGGUGUACCUAUACCUGUACAUUCAGUUGGUAUUUUACCUUUACAUUUAUUUAACACUGAUGCUAAAGAUCAAGCCAAAUAUCUUCUGGCUAAUGCACUACAAUUAAAUGCUGCUUUUUCAACAGCACGUGUAAAAAUUGAGCAACAAUUAUUUAAAUUAUUUUAUUCACCUUAUGAAUCACUGAGUACUAGUGUUCAGGAUAGAUAUCUUCAAGAUAUUACAAAUUUGAUCAACCUCUCAAAAACUAACGAAUGUGUGAAACUAUGUUAUGAGUGGAUAAAUUUAAGUUUACAAGGAAUUCAUUACUAUAAUACAUAUUACAAAUUACCACUUCUUUUUUGUAUAACAUUUAUUAGUCUUGGUUGGAUUACUCUACUCAUACUUGAAACCAAUCCUGUUAAAAAGUGUCGAAAAAUUAAUAGACUCCAUAAGUUAUUAAUCAAUGGAACAUUUUUAACAGUUGCUGUGUGUUCUUCAGUUGUUAUUAGUGCCCAAUCCCUUCCAAUGCAAUUUUAUGUGUACACAUUUAUGCCAUUAAUACUGUGGUGCAUAUGUAUUACUAAGAUUUUACAGAUAUUUAAUUUAUCACAUAUAAAGCAAAUGAUAAUACAAGUUAAAGGACUAGAAUUGUUUGAAAUAAUAUUUUAUUUGAUUGGUAUUGAACUAUUGGUGUGGACAUUUUUUGAACGCCGCAUACUAACUUUAGCCUUAUCUAUACUAUGCUUUUGGAUGACUUGCUGUUCGAUAGAAAAAGGAUUUUCACCCUCUCAAAUAAUUCUAGUAUUUGGUUCUUCUGCAUUAUUUGCUUCUUUCCCCUCAGUAAUUAUUAUUGAUGGCCAUGCAAAUAUAAUUUAUGUUGUUGUAGGUGCAAUUAUUUUGUUAUUGGCCGGAGUAAUGCACUACACAAACCAAAAUGGAGUGCGUAAGAUUACUACAUUUUUACAGGUAUUAUUCUUAUUCAUAGCUAUUGCAAAUGUUGUAAAUGUAUCAAGUAGUAUGGAAAAUAAACAAGGGUUAUCAUCAGUAAACCAAAUUGUUGCUUGGACAAUAUCAAUUUUAUCAAUGUUUUUAAUCAGAAAAACCUCAAAUCUCAUAUCGAACAUAACAACAGUUCUUUUAUCAAUGGGUAUUCCUUAUAUUCAACUAUCAUUAAACUUGGAAGUAUUAUUCAUGAUUGUUCUAGUAAUAAUAUUAGCAUGUUGGAGAAAAAUUAUGAUUAAAUCUGAAGACUCUAGUCAAACCUUAUGGACUCAAUGGAGACAUGCAUUUUUUUUCUUGUUAUUUAGCUUUGGAUCUUUUUUCGGCACUGGAAAUAUUGCAUCUAUCAACUCAUUUGAUCCAUCAAUUGGACGGUGUUUUGUCUCAGUAUUUUCUCCAUUUAUUAUGAUGGGGUUGGUUCUGUUCAAAAUACUUGUUCCUAUUUUAUUGACUUGUUGUACAUUCUACCUCACCAGUAUAAAAUUAAAGAUACCUCCAAUCAAUGUGUUUGUUCUAAUGUUAGCCAUGUCCAACAUAAUGGGUCUUCAUUUUUUAUUUCUAAUAAAAAAUACUGGCAGUUGGCUGGAUAUAGGGAUGUCAAUAUCUCAUUAUGUAAUCGUUCAAUCACUUGCAUUAUUUUUAUCCCUUAUGUAUGGACUGGCCGGAUUAUUGAUUGGCGUUGAAAAAGAAAGCUCUAAACAUAGUUCUGAUCAAUUAUUGCCAACUACUACUAAAAAAUCAACGUGA